AACAUCACCCAACACAGAUCAUCAUGUCGACUCCGACUCUCCACAUCAUUCUCUUCAUUGUUCUCGCAAGCCUCUUCAUCUCAACUCGUGGCGAUGAUCAGUCUCGGACAGAUGUUGCUUUCUUCAUCUUCGGCGACUCCGUUAACGACGUGGGGACCAACAACUACAUAAACACCACUGCUGAUUUCAGAGCAAAUUUUCCUCCUUAUGGCGAGACGUUCUUCCGCCAUCCCACUGGAAGAUUCUCCAACGGUCGUCUCAUUGUCGAUUUUAUUGCUGAAUAUGCAAAUCUGCCGCUGAUUCCACCAUAUCUCCAAAUGAAAGAUGAUGAAUUCAUGGGAGGGGCGAACUUCGCAUCCGCCGGUGCUGGUGCUUUGGGCGACACUUAUGAAGGAUUUGUGGUGGAUUUGAAGAUGCAGCUGAAGCAGCUCGAACAACUAGAGAAGAAGCUGGAGAAGGAGAUGGGCAGCGAGAGGGCCAAGAAAAUAAUUAAAGAGGGUGUUUACUUAAUUAGCAUUGGAAGCAGUGAAUACGCCCUGCCUUUCUUCUCUAAUCCUACUCUGUUUCAGUCCAUUUCCAUGGAAGAUUACGUGGGGAUGGUGAUUGGAAACAUCACCACCGUGCUUAAGGGAAUAUAUGAAGUAGGAGGAAGAAAAUUUGCAAUGAUUGGAAUUGGGCAACUUGGGUGUGUGCCAAUCAUGAGACCAGCCGAAAAUGGUUCUUGCUCAGACGAAGCCAACAAGCUCGCACAGCUUCACAACGUUGCUCUUACUUCAAUUCUCGCAAAACUGGAGGCGCAACUCCAAGGAUUCGAGUACUCCUACUUCGACUACUACACUUCAGGCAGUGAGAGAAUCCACUACCCAUCAAAAUAUGGUUUUAAGGAAGCGGAAACUGCGUGUUGUGGUUCGGGUCCUUAUAGGGCAAAUUCAAGCUGUGGAGGCCAAAGAGGAGAGAAGGAAUUUUCAUUAUGCCAUGAUCCUGAGAACUACGUAUUCUUUGACUCUGACCAUGCAAGUGAGAGGGCUAAUAGGCAAUUUGCGCAAUUGAUGUGGAAUGGGAGUUUGAGUAUAAUCAGACCUCGCAACUUGAAAGCAUUGUUCAAGCAUGAGGGUGCUUGAAUAAUUUUUUUCCUUGAAAUCGUAGGUAAAUAAUCACAUCCCACUUGAAUAUCAUAUUAUGAAUAAUGGGGGAUGAUGUUGGAUUGAUUGUAUGUUUGCACUUCUGUUAAAGAACGAGGAUGUUCAAAUGAGCCCCUAGCAUUGCUCAA